CAAAUCGCAAUAUUUCUGACAGCGCCGUGGAGAAGAAAUUGUAAAGAGAGAAAUAUUUUUUCUGUGUGGAUUUUUUGUGUGAAAACCCCCAAAUUAAAGGAUGGAAAGUGCAACAAAGGCCAUCUCGAUAGAGACUGCAGCUCCCCGUGAUGCUGGAUCCAUGGAAUAUGCCGAGGAUAUUGCUGAGCAGGAGAACUGCGCAGAAUCCUGCCAGCAUGACUCGGAGUACAAUACGGCCAGCGAUAGUACCACCUCCGAGACGGGAAUUGAGAAGGUAAAUCAGAAGAUUGAGGUGAUUGAGAUUAGUGACGAGGAGGAGAAUGACGAUGAGGGGCCAGAUGAUGAGGAGGAUGAGGAUGAAGAUGACGAAGGAUCGAGUUUGGAGUCCGGAGAGGAGGAGGAUGAUGCCGAAGGGACGCCUGGACAAAUGCCGGAGAAUAAGAAGCAAGUUGACGACGAUGAGGAUAGGAGUAACCCUCAGUAUAUACCAAAGAGGGGAACCUUCUACGAGCACGAUGACAGAACAGCUGAAAAUGCUGAUGCCGAAGCAGAGGAGGAGUCACAAGAGGGUGAGGUGAGUGAGAAGAAGGUUUCGUUCAACACACCAGUUCCGGCUGCUGCAAAAACAACCAAGAAAUGGCAAUCUUCAAGCGAUAGAUGGUCCCAUGAUCGCUACGACGAGAGUGAACAGGCACCAAAGUCAAAGGCAGAACUCGUGUCAGCUUAUGGGUAUGAUAUACGCAAUGAGGAGAGCCCCCCGAGGGCACGGAGGCGACGACGCUACGGCAGGGGACCGAGUAAGUACACGCGCAAGUGGGAGGAUGAGAAUGCCUACGGGAAGGCAUCAAAUCGCCGUAUUGCGCUAAAUAGUAAAGAUGAAUUUCCGGAAAUUGAUGAGAACACUUCCGGACGGGCGCAUAAGCGUCGUGGAGAGAAGAAUCGCGGUAGCGGUGGGGGAGGAGAUGGUGACUACGAGUACUAUGGGAGAAACAAUCAGUCCGGAGGGUAUGUGGAUGGUGGUGGGAAUGAUGGGCACUACGGGAGGAUGUCGUAUGAGAAUAAUCAGUUGAAACCAAAAAAUCAAUCAUCCGGAUUCCGCGUGAAGUCGAGCAUUGAAUUUAAAAAUCAAAAUCGUAUGCGACAGAAUGCCAGCAAUGCUGCUACCGGAAUGGAGCACAAUCGCCAGGAGUCGUUCAUUGUAACGCGCAACAAUAACAUGUCGAAUGCUCAGAUGGAGAAUAACAUGGAUAGCAUGGGGAAGAUGGAGCAUCACGUGGAGGAGCAGCAGAGUCAUGGUGGUGGUGGGGGGGAGUUUAAAGCGCGCCCCCAGCAGCAUCAUCAGCACCAUCAACAGCAGCAAAUUCACAAUCUCAAUGGGAAUGAAUUUGCGGAAUUCGUGCCGACCUAUAUGCACAAUCAAAUGGGACAGGAGGCACAGCAUCAGCAGCAUCCAAUGCAUCAUUCACAGAUGACACAGCCGAGUAUGAUGCUGCAGCGUGAUAUGCAACACACCUACACGGGGGAUUCCGUGAAGAUGCUGCAGCAGCAACAGCAACCGGGUGUUCGGGCACAUAACCAAGCCAGCACUGCUUCGACAAAUCUCAUUCCCAUGGGCAUGAGUAGUGGCGAUAACAUGCGUCAAACACCCAAGAGGUACUCAUCGCUACGGCAGAGAGCUGUAAUGGGCAGCGGUGGGCAGAUGCUUCCGCCAUCGGCAGAAGGAGAUUUGCAGCAACAGCAUCAAACGGUGGGGAAUCAGGAGAGACUCAAGAUUUCCCCGCCGGUGCAAAAGCCCCAAAAAUACGAUGGACUUCCGCCGCAGGAGCAUCAUGAGAUUGAUUCGCCCAAAUUGAAGAUGCGUCAACCGAAGGCACAUCAUUCCCAACAGGCACCGCCGCAGACACUGCAAGCACCCCAACAGCCGCCAAUUCUCACCCAAACAACCCCACCGUCAACCAAUUACUACGCCCCGGAAUACAUUCGACAACCACAACUUCCGGCACAUCGUCCAGCACCACAAGCUGCUGCCAAGAAUCAUGCUACACUUCCGGGACAAGCAUAUCAGCCACAAUUUGCCGCAAAUAAUGCAGCACCGGCUUUCGUAGCGCCACCGGCACAGACAACGCCGGCAUUUAUUGCACCGCCACCCCAGUCGACGAAUCCUCAGCCGAUUCUUAACUACGUAACACCGCCCCCAACAAUGGGACCCACACAGGCACAGUAUCCAUCGUAUCCCAAUUACCCCAACUACAAUUCAUUGACUACGCCAAGUAUCCCACAUCAGAGUCAAGGUGGCAUAACGUACUACGCACCGCAGAGUCAACCACCUCCGCGGCCUGUUGUGGCCCAGAGGCGUCCCACAAAUGCAAUUCCCAUCCUUGCGCCACCUGAACGCAGUGGGAGUGGCAAGGGACGAGGACGCCUCCCGGCGUCGUCACAGCAAACAGAUGAAGGAGAACCAGGUGGUGAUGGGAAGAGUAAUGUGGAGAAUAUUGAUCACAUCCUGGACAAUAUGUUCACACGGAGGACCCCGUAUGAGCAGCCGUCGCUCAAGGCCUCAUCGUCGCCACCAGUGUCGCCAGUUACGGUGAAGAGUGACCCCAGCAGCAUGUUGAGUUUAGAACAAACUGAGGAUGCCCUCAAGAAUCUCUCCGUGUCUGAGCAGACGGAUGCACCCGGAAAGGGUAUCCGGACAGAGGAGAGUCCCUCAGCCGGUGAUGUUGGCCCGGAAGAGAAGUAAAGAAAGGGAAGCUCAACAAGAUUUAUUAUUUAAAAAUUGAAAUUUAAAAAAGAAUCAAUUGUAUUUUUUCUUAUAAAGAAACCACAGCGGAUAUUCUCAAAAGUUCAAUGCGAGAAGCCCCCAUUUCUCCGCAUAAACUGAUAAAGUGAACAAAUUUAGAAGCUUCA